AUGUCGAAUGCACAGGACGGAGCAGGUGCUGCACCGCAUUCAGAGGCCGACCUUGCCCAAGCGUUCAAGGAACUCCAGCGAGGCGAACAGACCGCAGCCGCCCUAGAGAGCCACCUUGAUUCGAUCGAAAAGAAGAUUGAGGCACUUCUGGCUCAGGCCGAGAAGGCUGAGCAAGAGUUGAAAGACACCCCAGAAGAUACCGAGAAGUCUUCCGCGACCGAAGAAAAGGGUUCAAAGUGA